CUAUUAUUUUGGUUUCAAUAAAACACAAAAUCCCAAUUCCUUAAACCCUAAAACUAAAAAAUGAGACCUUUGGACGAAACCGAAACCAGCGUGGUGUUCGAAAAGCUCUUCAAAUUCGUCGGCAACAACCUCAAAAACCUCGUCGAGAAUCCCUCCCAUGAAGGACCAGAUUCCACUCCCGGUCGCUACUGUUUCCGUCUCAACAAGAACAAGAUCUACUACUGCAGCGAGUCUCUCGUCAAGCGCGCCACCAACAUCGCCAGACCCAACCUCGUUUCUCUCGGAACAUGCAUCGGCAAGUACACCCACGGUGGAAACUUCCACCUCACGGUUCAGGCGCUCAAUUUGCUAGCUGCUAAUGCUAAGCAUAAGGUAUGGCUUAAACCUCAGUCUGAGAUGUCGUUUUUGUAUGGGAACCAUGUGUUGAAGAGUGCGUUGGGGAGGAUUACGGAGAAUAUUGUGGCGGGUGAUGGGGUUGUGGUUUUUAAUAUGGCGGAUGUGCCUUUGGGGUUCGGGGUUGCGGCCAAGUCGACGCAGGACUGUAGGAAGUUGGAUCCUAAUGGGAUUGUUGUGCUUCAUCAGGGUGAUAUAGGAGAGUAUUUGAGAAUGGAGGAUGAGCUUUGAAACGGUUUAAAGUUUGGUUUUUUAUGAAAUUUUAGUGAUGGGUUGUCUCUGUUUUGAUGUAUCUUUAUCUUUGUGUAAUUGGGUCAUGGAUCACUGUAAAAUUGAAAUUGAUUCUCAAGUUAUCUUGGAAUCUACUGAAAUUUUGUUUAACUAUUAUUACAGUGAGUUUGAUUGUGUUUUCACUCU